AUGGAGAUUGGCAUCAGAUCUCUGCCAGUAGAGUCUCAAAGUUAUUCCUGUGGGACUGCCACGGCAGCCAAUCACAGAGUCCCAUUGGAGGUGCAGAGGCGAGAGGGGGUGGGCUUCACUGCGGAUGGCACAGAGAAGGGGUGGGAGGAUUUGGAAAAAGAGGUAAGCGGAGCAGAAAUCAAGGAUAUACCAGACUUGCACAGAGGAUGCGAGAGACGCCCAGAGCAGACCAAGGCAGUGGAAGAAGGGGAGUCCUCUGAAGGCACAGGGCCCUGGGAUGAAUCCACCGUCCAGACAGAAGUCCGUGCUUCGCAGAAAGAGCCCAAAGAGGGUGAGAGGGCGGAGGAGUGCGACCAAGAAGAGCACGAUGACGACCGUGACCAUGAUGAUGAUUUAGAGGACGAGUCCAUAUUUACAUGUGACAACUGCCAGCAGGACUUUGACUGUUUGGCAGAGCUGACCGAGCACAGGACCAACCACUGCCCCGCUGAUGGUGACGAUGACCCAGCCGGCCUCUCAUGGGUGCCAUCCUCGCCCUCCAGUAAAGACGUGGCUUCUCCCUCACAGAUGCCCGACGGCUGUGACCUGGGCAUGGCCACGGGUGGAGAGGAGGAAGGAGGGACCGGUCUGCCCUACCCCUGCCAGUUCUGUGACAAGUCCUUCAGUCGUCUGAAUUACUUGAAACGUCACGAGCAGAUACAUAGCGACAAACUGCCUUUCAAGUGUACCUUCUGCAGCCGCCUGUUCAAACACAAGAGGAGUCGAGAUCGCCAUGUCAAACUGCACACCGGAGACAAGAAGUACAGUUGUCAGGAGUGUGAAGCUGCUUUUUCUCGCUCAGAUCAUUUAAAAAUCCAUCUCAAAACCCACAGCUCCAGCAAACCCUUUAAGUGUAGUGUGUGUAAGCGAGGUUUUUCUUCUACAUCAUCUCUGCAGAGCCACAUGCAGGCUCACCGUAAGAACAGAGAGCACCUCGCCCUGAGGGGAGACCGGGACGGGGGCAAGAGAGGCUCCGUGGGAGAAGGCGACCUAGAGCAGGACCUGUAUAUGUGUGAUUACUGCGAGGAGACGUUCAGCCAGACUGACGAGCUGGAGAAACACGUCCUGACCAGACACCCCCAGCUGUCUGACCGUGCCGACUUACAAUGCAUCCACUGUCCCGAGAUCUUUCUAGACGAGGCCUCCCUACUAACACACAUCGAAACCCAGCAUGCCAACCGCAAACACAAAUGUCCUGUGUGCUCUGAGCAAUUUCCUUCUGUGGAGGAUGUCUACUGCCACCUAGACAGCCAUCGGCAGCCAGACUCGUCCAAUCACAGUGCGGCAAGUCCCGACCCACCCUUGGGCAGUGUGGCAUCUAUGAGUUCUGCCACUCCAGACUCAAGUGCGAGCCUCGAGAGGGGCUCCACACCGGACUCCACCCUGAAGCCUAACCAGGGCAGUGAGCGAGUGCGGAGGAGAGGCACAGACACAGCUGAAGACCUGGGGAUCAGUCUGGGACAUCAAACUGGAGGUGGUAACUGGUCGAAAGUCACCUAUUCAUGCCCUUAUUGCUCCAAGAGAGACUUCCAUAGUCUGGCCGUGCUGGAGAUCCACUUGAAGACCAUCCAUGCAGAUAAGCCUCAGCAGAGCCACACGUGUCAGCUGUGCCUGGAAACACUGCCCACCCUUUACAACCUGAAUGAACACGUGCGGAAGGCCCACCGCUCCAGCUCAGGUGGGAGUGCAGCAGCCGCCUCUUUCCCCCUGCUGCAGUUCACCAAUGUCACGGCGUUCCACUGUAACUACUGCCCUGACAUGUUCGCCGACAUAAACUCUCUCCAGGAACACAUCCGGGUGUCCCACUGUCUGCCAGGGGGCAUCGUGGCAGGGUCCACCACUCUAGAAGGAAACCACGCUUUCUUCUGCAACCAGUGCUCUAUGGGAUUUUUAACGGAGUCUUCAUUAACGGAACAUAUACAGCAGACACACUGUACCUCAGCUUUAGGCAGCGGAUCUGGGUCUGGAGGAGGUGUGACCAAACUAGAAUCCCCUGUUUUACAAACCGCAUCUCAGUCUUUUAUGGAGGUUUAUUCUUGCCCGUACUGCACCAACUCUCCCAUCUUCGGCUCCCUCCUCAAGCUCACCAAGCACAUAAAGGAAAACCACAAAAACAUCCCAUUGGCCAACAACAAGCGGCAGGCAAAAAUGGCCGAUCUUAGCCCAGCCUCUUCCGAUGUGGAGAUCUCUUCCCCCAAACGUCAUAGAAUGGGCGGGGACUCGACACCUUCUGUAGGGAGUAACGGCGAUUACCCAUGUAACCAGUGCGACAUGAGGUUCUCCAGCUUUGAAGGUUUCCAGGCCCAUCUCAAGUCACAUUUAGAGAUGCUGCUGAGGCGGCAGUCGUGUCCGCAGUGCAACAAGGAGGACUUUGAAUCCCAGGAGGCUUUGCUGCAACACCUGACAGUGCAUUACACCACCACCUCCACCCAGUAUGUUUGUGAGAGUUGUGAUAAGCAGUUCUCCUCUGUGGACGAUCUACAAAAGCACCUGCUGGACAUGCACACGUUUGUCUUAUACCACUGCACUCUCUGCCAGGAAGUGUUCGACUCCAAGGUCUCCAUCCAGGUGCAUUUGGCGGUAAAACAUAGCAAUGAGAAGAAGCUCUUCCGCUGCACAGCUUGUGCCUGGGACUUCAGAAAAGAGACCGACCUCCAGCUCCACGUCAAACACAACCAUCUGGGCCAGAGGUCGGGCCUGCCAGGGGGGAUUGGAGCAGGCCUUAAACCAAGGAAGUGCAUUUUCUGUGGAGAGACAUUUGGCACUGAAGUAGAGCUCCAGUGUCACAUCACGACUCACAGCAAGAAGUUCACUUGUCGCUUCUGUGGCAAAGCGUUCCAUGCCAUUUCACUGCUCGAGAGACACUUGAGAGAGAAGCACUGCAUCUUCGAUGGCGCAACCAUAACUGGUAAUGGAGGAGGUACCGGGAGCUGCAGCAGCCAGAACGGGACCCCCAAUGGCCUCACACAGCCCUCCAAACGGGGAGGCAGUGGCUCUAAUUCAGGAGGAGUCGACCGCGUGAGUGUGGCAGCGACGGAGCAAGCUGAAAUUCAGAACAUGUUGCUCAAAAGUGGAGUGGUGGCAGGUGGUCCGAGCGGAGACGCAGCGAAUAGCCAUGAGGCAAGUGGAGGAGAGGAAGAAAUGGACAAUUCAGAGCCCAUGUAUGCCUGUGAUAUCUGUGGAGCGGCCUAUACCAUGGAGUCCUUAUUACAAAACCAUCGGCUGCGGGAUCACAACAUUCGACCUGGAGAGGAUGACGCAGGUUCCCGAAAGAAAAAGGCAGACUUCAUCAAAGGAAACCACAAGUGCAAUGUGUGCUCCAGGACGUUCUUCUCUGAGAAUGGGCUUCGAGAGCACGCACAGACACACCGCGGCCCAGCCAAGCACUACAUGUGUCCCAUCUGCGGAGAGCGUUUCCCCUCUCUGCUAACGCUCACAGAGCACAAGGUGACCCACAGUAAAAGUCUGGACACUGGCACCUGUCGGAUCUGUAAGAUGCCUCUGCAGAGCGAGGAGGAGUUCAUAGAGCACUGUCAGAUGCACCCUGACCUCCGCAACUCUCUGACGGGCUUCCGCUGUGUGGUGUGCAUGCAAACCGUCACCUCCACGCUGGAGCUUAAAAUCCACGGCACCUUUCACAUGCAAAAGCUCUCCUCAGGGUCAUCUCUGGGUGGAGCCGUGGCCGGAGGAGGCAAUGGAGGAGGGAAUGGUUCAGCCUCUUCAUCUCCCAAUGGGCAGCUGCAGCAACACAAGCUGUAUAAAUGUGCGUUCUGCCUCAAGGAGUUCAAGAACAAAGGAGAGUUGGUGAAGCUGGAUGUCAACGGUCUGCCUUAUGGCCUCUGCUCCGGCUGUAUGAGCAGAGGAACGAAUGGCCAUAGUCCCAGUCAGGGAGGAACCACCACACCCGGGGAGUCUGCAGGAGAGAAGCCUUUGGCCGGGCUGCGAUGUCCAGAGUGUGGGGUGAAGUUUGAGAGCUUGGAGGAUUUGGAGAGCCACGUCCAGACUGACCACCCUGAGGUCAGCCCGGAAAACAGCGCCAAAAAGGCAGAAGCUUCUCCAGCGCCGAAGAAAAAGACGUACCAGUGCAUCAAAUGCCAAAUGACGUUUGAGACCGAGAGAGAGAUCCAGAUUCACGUGGCCAAUCACAUGAUCGAGGAGGGCAUCAAUCACGAGUGCAAGCUGUGUAACCAGAUGUUUGACUCACCUGCCAAGUUGCUGUGCCACCUGAUAGAGCACAGCUUCGAAGGCAUGGGAGGUACCUUCAAGUGUCCCGUCUGCUUCACAGUAUUUGUACAGGCCAACAAGCUCCAGCAGCACAUCUUUGCAGUUCACGGGCAGGAAGACAAGAUCUAUGACUGUUCACAGUGUCCGCAGAAGUUUUUCUUUCAGACUGAGCUACAGAACCACACGCUGAGUCAGCACGCGCAGUGA